AUGCAUCUGUAUACAUUCAGGGUAAUGUUCCUUUUUUCCAUGUAGAGGGCAAUAUGUAACAAAGGAUUUUCUUGCUUGCUUUUGAGACAGUUACUAUGUGCUUCUAUUCAGCAUAAUAUGAAUAAAGACCACACACUGUACUGUAGAGCUUACAUCAGAAAUGCCUUCUUCUCUGAGAUAGUCAUCGGGAUUUCAGCCAACAGCUGUCUUCUUCUCUUCCACACCUUCAUGUUCAUUCAUGGGCACAGGCCCAGACUCACUGACUUGCCCACUGGCCUCAUGGCCCUAAUACACUUAGUGAUGCUGUUACUUGCAGCAUAUAUAGCCGGAGACUUUUUUAUGUCUUCGGGAGUAUGGGAUGACAUCACAUGUAAAAUAUUCAUUUUUUUGCACAGGGUUUUCAGGAGCUUCUCUGUUUGUGCCACCUGCCUGUUGAGUGUCUUUCAGGCCAUCAUCCUCUGCCCUCAAAGCUCUCACUUAGCAAAGUUCAAACACACUUUCCUACAUAAGUUCUCAUGUUUCUUUAUUUUACUGAGUAUCUUCUAUACAUCCAUCAGCAGUCAUAUUUUAAUAGCAGCUAUUGCCACACAAAAUCUCACCUCAGUUAAUCUUAUAUACAUCACGGAAUAUUGCUCUUUUUUUCCCAUGAAUUUCUCAAUGCAACACACCUUCUCCACACUGUUGGCUUCCAGGAAUGUCUUCCUUAUAGGUCUCAUGGGCCUCUCAACUUGCUACAUGGCAACUCUCUUGUGCAGGCAUAAGAUUCGUUCCCAGCGCCUUCAGAACUCAAACCGUUCUCCAAAGGCAUCUCCAGAGCAAAGAGCCCUCUGGACCAUUCUAAUGCUUAUGAUCUUCUUCCUGGUGAUGUCAACUUUCGACAGUAUCAUCUCCUACUCAAGAACUAUAUUCCAGGGAAAUCCAUCACUGUAUUGUGUCCAGAUUCUUGUAGCCCAUAGCUAUGCUGCAGUCAGUCCUCUUCUGGUUCUCAGUAAUGAAAAACGUAUAACUAACCUCUUGAUAUCCAUGUAUGAGAGGAUAGUAAAGUUUGAUUUUCUGUGA